AUGUAUGCUUCAUUGUUCAAAUCGCUCUUUAAUAAAUCUGGUAAAAAAGAGAAGAAGGAAUUGAUUACUGUGGAAUCUGGUCAAUUUGACAUCACUAAAAAUGAUGUUGAAGACAUGCUUACUUCGUUGAAUGAGAUAAACGUUGAUGUCAAAGAAACUUUAGAUAAUAGUGUUAGUCGUUCCGUGUCGUUAGAUAAUAUUAUUGAUGGUAUCGAGUCAAUGCCUAUUGAUAAUACACAUCCAGACUAUUUGAAUGAUAGUGCUUCAGUUGACAAUUUUGAUGACACUAAAAGUGAAGUAAGUUCUAUUGGAGAAAACCAAGUAGCGUGUGAAACAGAUGAAAAUUCCAAAAAAACCAGUACUGCAAAUAAAAUUAACAGUCUUCAGUGUUUGUUUACAUGGAACAUAAAAUCAAAUGACAAGAAAAAUAUGAUUUUAUCGAUACAUAAUAAAUAUGGAGAAUACAACUUAAAUAUUUCUUCACCUGAGUUUACAUUUGAAAGGUAUGUAGGUAAUUUAAUUAUUGGCUAUGAAUUAUUUCAUAAAGGUGAGUCCGAAUUAGGACAAAUGAAAAUAUUAGAAAUUGGGAAAUGGCUUGAAGAAUUAGACAAUGGUACUAAUGAAUUUUAUUUAUCUAUUAAUAUUGGUCUUCAACAUGUUAUGAAGGCAACUUUUACUCAUAUGUUAUUUGCUACAAAUCUUACCGGCGAAUGUCAAUGGUUGUUGGAUGAUAUUACACCGUUGUCUAAGAUGGAUUCUAAAUCAAGAGCUACUAUACAUGCAAUUCGAGCAGCUGUAUUUACUGAAUAUGGUGGAAGUCGUCACUUUUUUAAAAGAGCUUGUGACAGUGCAAAAAAAGCAUGUGAUUUAGAUCCUAAUACUUCACAUUGGUUUUAUAUUCAUUCAAUUGCUUUGACAACUCAAAGACAGUUUAUACAGUCACAUAAAUCAUAUCCAACUGAUACUGAAAUAAAUGCUAUUCAGCAAGCAAUUUUGUUAUCUGACGGAAAAAAUACUGCUUUCAACUACCAUAGAAUGAUAUUAGAUAGAGACACUGCAAUUCGGUAUUAUCAUGAUAAUAAAAAUAAUCAUGAUAAAUUGUGGAUUGAAAAAAAUCGGCAGGCGAAUAAAACAAUUGUUCAAAUGAUUAAAACUAUUAUAAGCAUGGAUCCAAAAGACCCUCACUUGGUAGUUAAAUGUGCUAGAACAUUAAUGACUCUUCCAAUUAUGGUCCGUGAUUUUAAUUUGGGAAAACAAUAUUUGAUAAAAGCCUUUGAUAUGGCACCAAAUGAUGUGACUGUUUUAAAAUCUAUUGAAAAAACAAUUGAAGUUUAUAAAGAUAUUUCUAAAAAACAAAGACCUAGCAGAACUACUGAAAAAAAAAAAAAUCAUCCACCACUGAAGAAUAAAACACAAAAAUUAGGAAUGGAUUUAGGACUUAUAGUAAGAAAACAAAAGAAUGGGGAAGAUCCUAUUCCUUACCUUACUAAUUUGAUUUCUAAAUAUGAUGGGCUUGAUAAAUCAAAAAUUAUGGCUCAAUUAUGUUCGUAUAUAAUAUUAUUCACAAACAACCUAAGAUCUGGCGUUGAAGAGUUUAUAAAGUUGAUUGAACAACCAGGAAUUGCCAACAAUUUUAUAAUUACGCAACAUUUUUCAUCAUUUGGUUCAAAGACGUUUCAUUUAGCAGAACUUAUUUGUAAUGAAAUUAGAUUGGCUACAAAUUCAAGUAGCACUGCUCCUGCGGAUAUGUUGUACUUUUUUAAAAUGUUAACUAAAAUCAUGGAAACUUGUAACUUACAAAUGAAAGAUGUUGAUUCUUCUUUGAAGACCAAGCUAAUCAUUGAUUCAUCCGUGAAAUCUUCAUUUCCUAAUACAACUCAUCAAAGUGAAACGGGUUCAUCAGAUAACGAGAGUGUUGAACAAGUUUCAGUUAAACGCAGAACUAAAAGUCGUAAACCAAGGAAUUGGCAAAAUACUGGUCCUAGAGUAUUUGCCCAAACGCCUGAAGCAAACAAAGGACCAAAUAGAAGAAAUGAUAGAUCACAAAGUAAUUUUUCUUCAAGAAAUCAUCAAAGUAAUAACCCCUCAAACUCUGCUGCAAUUGACCAAAUGCAAUACAAAAUGUUAAAGUUUUUAAAUGUUUCUUCUGCUGAAGGUCCAAGAUUUUCCGAUAAUAAUUUUUCUAAUAUUUUAUCAACUGAAACCCUCAGAAAUGUACAAACACAAUCACAAGUAGAACAAUAUACCCACCAGUUAUAUCAACAUAUCUCAGCUAAUAAUAAUACACAUCAAGAUCGAAGAAAUGUACCUGAUACUUCAACAGGAUAUUAUGGUAGGAAUAUUAAUCCUCCAUUUCCAAAUUUAAGCUCCACCUCACAAUAUUCUGGAUUUCAAAAUCAACAACCACCUUCAUUACUAGAUAUAAGACCUCAAAUAAAUCAACAGGACCCAAAACCUCGUUGGCAAAGACCAAAAAAAUGGACUUCCAAAAACCAAAAAUAA